CGAACCAACGAAACACUGGGCCGCCUGCAGCGGAGCGCGCGAACUUAACCACUCGACCACGGGGCCAGCUCCUGGACUCAAAUUUAAGACUAUUGUUGAAAUUCCAAGUCCCGAACCAGCAGAAAUGUAUUACAUUGAUCAGAAAUGACCUGGGGCAGCUGCGCCAACCAGCAGGGUUGACUGAAGACAGAGGAGGGCUCCAGAACAGUUCUGUUUCUGUUGUCACUGUUGAGUCACCCAUGGUCUGGCAUCCAGUCCCUGAACUGCAGCCAGCGACAGGAACUGAGGCCCUCAGAGGCUCCAUGGACCAUAACUGCAGUGUGUGUUGUCGGGGGAGGGGUACGGCCUCUGAUGUGGGAAUUCCUUUAGCCUCUGGUGUGGUCCAGGUCAAAAGCUUUUGCAAAACUGGUGGAUGUCACCCAAAAAGGCCACUGCCCUCCACUGGCCAGUUCUGGAGAGGGACUCCACUCUUCUAAAAGCUAGCCAGAAGGGACUGGGGAUGAGGAUGGAACAGUAGAAUCUCACAGCUAAUAUUUAGACUUCAUGCAACCAGGGAAUCCUAGGUCUGGGUGUGUCCCGGAAGCAACAGAGAGAACAAAGGCAUUUAAACACUUUUUAUUGUACAAAUUUCAAACGUAUUUAAGAGUAGACAAAACAGUUGAUGAAUCCGUGCUCCCAUUGCCCAGAAUUAACAAUGAUCAACUUAUGGCCAUUUGACAACAGCAUUUAAACGCCCUCCUCUAUUGUUAGUUGGAAAUAUCUACUCUUUCAGUAUUUCUUAUAUUCUGUGGAUACAUUUGACCACCUGUGGUAGACACAAUGGUGCCUCCACCACCACCAAAGAUGCCCAUGUCCUAAUCCCUAGACCCUGUGAGUAUGUUAGGUUACAUGGCAAAGGGAAAUCAAAGCUGCAGAUGGAAUUAAGGUUGUUAGUCAGCUGACCUUAAAAUAAAGAGAUUAUCCUGGAUUAUUUGGGUAGGCCCAGUGUAAUCAUAAGAGUCUUUAAACAUGGAAGAGGGAAGGAGAAGAGGAGGUCAGAGUGAUGCAAUGUGAGAACAUCCUGCUGUUUCUGGCUUUGAACAUGGGGGAAGGGACUGUGAGCCAAGGAGUGUAGGGGGCCUCUAGAAGAUGGAAAACCAAAGGAAAUGGGUUCCCUCCUAGAGCCUUCAGAAAGGAACAUAGCCCUAUUAACACCUUGAUUUUAAACCAGUGAGACUCAUUUUUAACUCCUUUUCUUCAAAACUGUAAGAUAAUAAAUUUGUGUUGUAAGCCAUUAAGUUUGCGGUAAUUUGUUACAGCAGCCAUGGGACAUUAAUACACCAUCAUCUCUGAAGAAUGGGAAUCAGGUCUAUUUCCCUAGAUACAGAGUCUCAUCUAGGAGCAGCCCUUCAGAUGGGGGCCACUUAUGUACCCAGAACCUCCUGCAGGUUGGGGUCAAGGCAAAGGAGCUAUGGGGGUGCAUGAGAAAGGGGUGCUGGGAGAGAAUGAUCUGGAUCCCAAAGAGAAAGAGAUGAGAACCAAAUGUUUCUACUGGUGAGAAAGCAAUGGAGAUGGGGAUCCCAAGGGUGAAGGUCCUCGUGUGCUUGGCAUAGGGACCCAGAGAACGGUAGGGCUGCAACCAUGAUGAGCUGUGAGCCAGGACACCUGGGUCAGGAGGGGUGGGGAGCUUGAGGAAAGAAGCCAGGGCGGCAAACACCCAGCUUCCCUGGGACAUUCAAAUGGCACCUGUUGCCACAGACUGAAUUAGGAAUGAGGGUGGAAUGUAGAGUUUAUUGUCUCCACAACCACUGGCCCAGCCUGUUUUUGCUGUCCCCCGCCCCACUAACAGGAUAAAGGCUGGAUGUCUUGGGGCUGUGGGAGAUGCUAGAGCUGAGCAAGAUGCAGGGCCGCAUGGCACGGAGCUGUGCUCCUCUGGGCUUGCUCCUGGUUUGUCUUCAUCUUCCAGGCCUCUUUGCCCGGAGCAUCAGUGUAAUGAAGGAGAAAGUUCCCCAAGACUUGGGGACCAACUCACCUCUGCUUGGACAACCUUUCUUGGCCAGCCUCUCCAACUCCGAACAUCCCCAGUCCAAACCAGACCCUGGGUCCAACGAUUUAGCAAGGGCUCCUCUGAAGACCAACGCUUCUCCAUCAGACAGCUUCCAACCUGCAGGAAGUUCUGAGGUUCAGAGGUGGCCCCCAUCUGAGGAGCUGCCCUCCAUGGAUUCCUGGCCCUCUGAGGAUCUUUGGCCAAUGAUGGCUGGUGCAGUCGAGGACGAUGGGGGAGAAGUGCUGCCCGAAGAACUGUCUUUCCUUUCCAAUGCUAUUGCCCUCCCUUUGGACAGUGGUCUUGUGCCUGCAGGGUCCUCUUCACACUCUGCAGACCCCUCACUUGAGGUUUCACCCCUCCACCAGGACUCUGAGUCUAGACCAUUAUCCCGUUCUAAUGUGCUGGGAGACCAGAAACAAAUCCUUGCCCAACGCCCACCCUGGUCUCUCAUCAGCAGGAUUCGAAAGCCGCUUCUGCCUGGUCACCCCUGGGGGACCCUGAAUCCCAGUGUGUCCUGGGGAGGUGGAGGUCGUGGAACUGGGUGGGGAACAAGGCCCAUGCCAUGCCCUGUGGGAAUCUGGGGCAAUAAUAAAUGCCCAAGUACUAGCUGGGGGAAUAUUAAUCAGUAUCCAGGGGGCAGCUGGGGGAGUAUUAAUCGGUAUCCAGGAGGUAGCUGGGGGAGUAUUAAUCGGUAUCCAGGAGGCAGCUGGGGGAGUACUAAUCGGUAUCCAGGAGGCAGCUGGGGGAGUAUUAAUCGGUAUCCAGGAGGCAGCUGGGGGAGUACUAAUCGGUAUCCAGGAGGCAGCUGGGGGAGUAUUAAUCGGUAUCCAGGAGGCAGCUGGGGGACUAUUAAUCAGUAUCCAGGAGGCAGCUGGGGGAGUAUUAAUCGGUAUCCAGGAGGCAGCUGAGGGAAUGUUAAUCUACAGCCAGGUAUUAUUAAUCGAUUUCCUCCCAGAGUUCUCAAUCCCCCUGGCUCUUCCUGGAACAUCCCAGCUGGCUUCCCCAAUCCUCAAAACCCCCAGUCAUAGUUGGGUUAGGAGAAUGACAAAGGGGGAAAACCCUAGGUUGGAAGUCAGAGAAGGGAGUCCUGCUCCUUCCUCUUGCAGUGUGAGCUAAAUCAAGAUUCAGUCAGCAUGUUUUCUAGCAUCAUCUCCACUUUUCAUUGCACCCCCUGCUCCCCUCAUGAUGAUUUCAAAUAAACACAGCAGUUAUUGAA